ACGCCCUGCGCUGACGUGCAAAAUGACUGGAUAAUAACAACAUUACCGGUUGCUCUUAGGGCGGUGUUUCGGCCCUCGGGGGUCUUCAGGAGGUCAUGGGGGGAGAUAUAGGAGCAGCUGAGUUCAUAUCAGAGCUCUGUCACACUGAUGUGGACAGUCCAUUCCCUGUGUGGCAGAAUGGCACCAUGAGCCCCUGUGCUAACCAGCUUCUGCUGGGAUCUCUGUCCCAUGCUGUCAUUGCAGUCAUCGGUGCCUGUUAUAUUAGUGUGCCCAGGCUUACCCAUAUCGUAUCCUCCCUUCCCAUUGGCUGGGGCAUCAGGGCUGCAUCGACCUUACUAAUAUUUCUUUUAUUCAUUGGAGACUUAGUCCUGGUUUUUGAGCUCCAGGCCCCAGACAUAUAUCUGGAUGUCUUAGCUGAUGGAUGCGGCGUACUAGCCUGGUUGGUUCACUUUGGAGCCAUUUUGUCACUACAGAAGUCCAUGUAUAGAAGGACUCGAGGUCCUGCUUUACUUCCUGUGGCCCUUAUUCUCUCCAUUCCUAAUCUUGCUUUUAACCUGACUGCCUACACCCAAGAAAUCAUUCACCAUGGAUUCUCACAGCCUCUGCAGGUUAUUCGUCUAGCUUUUACAGUAACAAGAGGCGCUCUGGUAUUGGUCUACCUGCUUGGGUACAUCUUUCCCUGUUACAGAACUCAAAGAGACCUUCUGUCAUGUAAUGCAGAAGAUGAAGCUCCAUUAAUUGUUACUUUUGAACCCUUCGAAGAGGUGACUGUUGCUGAGGAUGGCAGCAAUUGGCUUUCCAGACUCCUCUAUCUGUGGCUCAACCCUUUGCUAAACCGAGGUAAACGAGGAGAGCUUGAGAGACCAAGUGAUGUGUUUGAGCUUCCAAGUCGGCUGCAUACCAAAUCAGUCACCCGCCGGUUCUACCAGUGCUGGGAGAAAUGCCUCCAUUCAAGAGCUCUGGAAAGACCUGAGAGACUGGAUAGACGUCCAAGAGGAAACCUGCAGGACAACUCUUGGAGUGAAGCUCAACCGGAAAGGAUUUACAAAGGUGAAGCGCAACAUGACGUCAAGCUUCUACAAGUGUUGCACAAGGCCUUUGGUCUACGCUACUACCUGCUGGGAGGAUUGAAGCUAAUAGCUAGCAUGCUAGCUUUUGCAGGACCCCUCCUUCUUGGUGAACUGGUGGGUUUCAUGGAGACUGAAGGAGGACCAUUAAGCAAGGGUGUGUGGUGCGCAGUAGGGCUUUUUGCUAGUACUUUUCUUGCUGCCCUGCUGAGAAACAUCUUUGUUUAUGAAGUAUCAAAGGUUGCCCUGGAGGCUCGGGCUGCUGUGAUUUCCACCAUCUACAGCAAAGCCUUAAAAGUCAAUGCGCCCUCUCUGGCUCGCUUCAACAUGGGUGAGGUGGUCAACUUCAUGAGCACGGACACAGACCGUGUAGUCAAUUUCUUCAACAGCUUCCAUGAAGUGUGGAGUCUCCCCUUCCAGUUUGUUCUUGCACUUUACCUGCUCUACCUGCAAGUGGGCGUGGCCUUUUUAGGUGGAGUGGGCGUGGCCGUGCUGCUUGUGCCUUUGAAUAAAGUCCUGGCUUCCCGAAUUCUGGAAAACAAUAAGCAUAUGCUGCAGCACAAAGAUGGCAGAGUGAAGUUAAUGACAGAGAUCCUCUUUGGAAUUCGUGUCCUGAAGUACUAUAAUUGGGAGGAGCACUUCACUCAAAAGAUCGAGGAGGCCCGUAAAAAAGAGCUACAUCACCUAAAACUCCUGAAGUACCUGGAUGCGGUGUGUGUGUACACCUGGGCUGCUCUGCCCGUGGUCAUCUCUAUCCUCACCUUCAUCACAUACGUUCUGCUAGGAAACAAUCUCACUGCUGCAAAGGUGUUUAGUACUCUGGCUCUCGUGGGGAUGCUCAUUCUGCCGCUCAAUGCCUUCCCUUGGGUGCUGAAUGGGACCCUGGAGGCGAAAGUGUCUUUGGAUCGCAUUCAGCGCUUCCUUGCAGUACAGGACCAGGAUCUCUCUGUCUAUUACAGUCAAGUGUGUCCUGAGGACCCUCUUUCUGCUGUUCAGAUGGUCCAGGCGAGUUUCUCCUGGAAACAGUCAGAGGAAGCAGAUUCUGUCAGUAUACCUGAUGACAUAACAGAGGAAGGGUCACCACCUCACAGCUUUUACCUCCACGCACUAAAUCUCAAUGUUAAAAGGGGCUCUCUGGUGGUGGUGGUGGGAAAAGUUGGCUGUGGGAAAAGCUCCUUGCUGGCCGCUAUAACAGGAGAGCUGACCAGGUGUGGUGGGGAACUGUUUGUUCAGGGAAGAGAGCAGGGGUUUGGAUUGGCUGUCCAGGAGCCGUGGAUCCAGCAUGCAACAGUGCAAGACAAUAUUCUCUUUGGCAGGGAUUAUGACAACAUGUUUUAUCAAUCUGUGAUACAGGCCUGUGCCCUGGCUGAUGACUUGAAUAUCUUGCCUGGUGGCGAUCAGACAGAGGUCGGAGAGAAUGGUGUGACACUGAGCGGAGGACAGAAAAGCCGCCUUGCUUUGGCCCGGGCUGUUUAUAUGGAUAAGGAAAUCUAUUUGCUGGAUGAUCCUUUAGCAGCUGUGGAUGCGGAUGUUGCCCACCACCUCAUGGAGAAAUGCAUCCUGGGAAUUCUCAAGGACAAGACCAGAAUUCUUUGCACUCAUCGUAUCGAGUGUGUGGAUAAGGCGGAUGUGGUGGUGCUGAUGGACAAUGGGAUGAUUGUAAAAACAGGGACACCAAGCGAAGUCCUGUCUCUGGUAAAAGGCCCUAAAGACAGCAAGAACAGCAGCAAUGCUAAGGAGAAAGAUUCUGCAGGCAGUGAGGAAAAGGAAGCGAGUGAGCCAGAGCUGGAGGCAGAACUAGCGAUGUUUGGAGAAGAGCAGAAGCAAAUGGGCACACUGUCCUGGGUUGUUUAUCGCUCCUAUUGGAGAGCAGUGGGUGGAUGCAUGGCUGUAGCCAUCCUGCUCGCCCUCUUCCUAAUGCAGGCUUCAAAAAAUGUGUCCGACUGGUGGCUUUCACAUUGGAUUUCUCAUAUGAAGGACAAUAUGACUGAGCUGGUGUCAGUUUCAGCCGAUCCACUCUUAAUGCUGACUUUCCUUUCUCCUGGCAGACUUGUGUUUAAUGCACCAGCCAAAGGUUCAGAGGGUUCUGGGAAUAUGAGCUCAGAGCUGAAGUUUUAUAUGACAGUGUAUGGAUCUCUGGCAGCAGCAAACACAGUAUUCACCGCCGCUCGAGCAUUUCUCUUCGCCUAUGGAGCAAUCUGUGCUGCUACUGUUGUUCAUAAGAGACUGCUGUCCAGUGUGCUUAAGGCCACUAUGACAUUUUUUGACACAACACCCUUGGGUCGCAUCCUGAACCGUUUCUCCUCAGACAUUUACAGUGUGGACGACUCUCUCCCCUUCGUCUUAAACAUCCUCCUGGCCAAUGUGUUUGGUCUUCUUGGGAUGCUCAUCGUCAUGAGUUAUGGCCUUCCUUGGGUUCUGCUUCCUUUGGUUCCUCUGGGGGCGCUUUACUACCAAACCCAGUGUUUUUAUCGUUACUCGUCCCGUGAGCUGAAACGCCUGUGUAGCCUCACACUCUCUCCAGUUUAUUCACACUUCUCAGAAACCCUCAGCGGCCUGUCCACGGUGCGAGCCAGUGGACACACUACCAGAUUUGAGGAGGAGAAUGAGAGGCGUCUUGAACAGAAUCAGCGCUGUCUCUUUAACAGUAAUGCCGCCAUGCAGUGGCUGGAUAUACGGCUGCAGAUGAUCGGUGUGACUGUAGUAACAGGCAUCAGUGUGAUCGCAGUGAUCCAGCAUCAGCUCAAAUCCAUCGAUCCAGGUCUGGUGGGUCUGUCUCUGUCCUAUGCACUAUCCAUCACCAACCUGCUGUCAGGGCUGAUUUUCAGCUAUGCACAGACGGAGAUGCAGUUGGUGAGCAUUGAGCGCACAGAGGAGUAUUCAACCAGCAUCCCGCAGGAGCCCCAACAAGCCAGCCUUGAGGUUUCAGACAGGUGGCCUAAAAGAGCUCGUGUUGAGUUUUUAGACGUGGUGUUGUCGUACCGGCCAGGUUUGCCCAAUGCUCUUAAUGGGGUCAGUCUGGAGGUGUUGCCCGGUGAGAGGAUUGGCAUAGUGGGCCGUACAGGAUCAGGGAAAUCCUCAUUGUUCCUUGCGCUCUUCCGUAUGGUGGAGCUCAACCAUGGUCAAAUCUUGCUUGACGGAGUCGACAUCAGCUUGGUCAGGCUCGGUGACCUGCGAUCAAAACUGGCUAUCAUCCCUCAGGAUCCCUUCCUGUUCUCCAGCUCCGUGCGAGAAAAUCUUGAUCCUCACGGCCAUCAUCCGGACUGCAGACUGCUAGAGGCUCUUGAGCAAUGCCACCUAGGAAAUGUAGUUCAGAGGAACGGUGGCCUGGAUUCUGAGGUUGGAGAGAGAGGAAAGUCUCUAUCUGUGGGCCAGAGGCAGCUGUUGUGUCUCGCUCGUGCUCUGCUAACAGAGGCUAAUAUUUUAUGCAUUGAUGAGGCCACAGCGAGUGUCGACCAAAAAACGGACAUGCUGCUACAGAAAACCAUCAGAGAAAAAUUCAAGGAUAAAACCGUCCUCACCAUCGCCCACAGACUGAACACAAUUAUGGACUCCGACAAAGUAUUGGUGAUGCAUGCUGGGAAGGUGGUGGAGUUUGACAGCCCUGCUGCUCUGUGCCAAAAAGAAGACUCAGCUUUCCAGAAACUUUUACGUGGAGGGGAAGACCAAGUUUAAAAUACUGAUUUUCCAGCUAAGAAUGUAGUUUGAUUGUAAAGCAUGACCACUGCAUGUGUGCAACACUCUUUAACUCAGGAAAAUUUGUUUUGUUUUUUUAUAAAUGUCACAUUUGUAUUUAAAUGCAAAUCUGUCUUAGAAGUAAAUCGUUUUUUUAAA